GCCUCGAGUUGAGCAAGUUCGCUCACGAAUUAUGACCAUCGCCUCAAGGGAAAAACUCAAGUUCAAUCAACCAAAUAUCGUUGAUGAGAUUAUCACGGGUGCGAAUGCCGAUAUUCGACAAAUUUUAAACAGAUUGUCUUCUUGGAAAUUGUCAAACGAUAGCAUUACUUAUGAUGAGGGCAAGGCUUU